UUGGUGGGCGGCAGAAAGCAACGUGUCCGUAAUGGCUUGACUCAAUAGCCUUACCAAACCACAACAGGUCCUGCUGAAAUGUUAUACAAAUUUAUUGAAUAAGAUCAUUCUAAUUUGCGAGAGGAAGACACGUCUAAAACAAAUGCCACUGAAGCAAAACCUACUUGGCCUCAUAUUUUGCUGUUUUUUUGUGAUCUCAUAUUUCACGAAUAAGUAUGUCCUGUCUGUCUUGAAAUUCACGUUUCCCACUCUAUUUCAGGGAUGGCAGACCUUUGCUGGGGGCUUGCUGCUCCUGGUUUCUGGAAAGCUUGGAUUGGUUGAAAUGACUAGUUUUACCAGAUCUGCAGCUCUUUCCUGGUUUCCUGGUUCCCUGCUGUUUGUAGGGAACAUAUAUGCUGGAUCAAGAGCUUUGUCAUGUUUGCCCAUCCCUUUUUUCUUCACUCUCCAUAAUGCCUCAGAAUUUGUGACCAUCAUAACCUUGAAGCUGACGCAAAGGGAGCGCACAUCUGGGAUAAAGCUCUUCAGUGUUAGUCUGUUGCUGGUGUCUGCUGUCACCCUCCCUCUCUGUGACCCACAGUUUAAUCCAGGUGGCUACAUGUGGGCUGUGGUUCAUUUCUCCUGUGUAGGAGGAUACAGAGUUCUUCAGAAAUCCAGCCAUUUAAGUGACCUUGAACAGCAGUACAUCAACUACUUAUUCAGUGUUCUGCUUUUGGCCUUCGCAGCUCAUCCUACAGGUGACCUGUUCGGUGCCUUAGAUUUCCCUUUCCUUCUAUCUUACAAGUUCCACAGUGGCUGCUGUGCAAGGCAUGUUCUCAUCUUGGUGAUGAUGAUUAAAUUUUCGCACAGUGCACUGCUGGGCUUCUUCCUGCUGCUUGCCACGGUCAAACUUAAGAGCAGCCUGCCUUCGGAACAUUGUGAACCCUGGGUUUUUCUGGCCAAGGUCCUGGCUGCUUGCUUGUCACCAUUUGUGUUUGACAUUGUUGUGAACAUACCAACACUUUUUUGCCUCCUGAUCAGCAUCUGUGGAGAAGCCAUGCUGGUGUAUUCAGAGUGCAGAGGUCCUGAGAGAUGAGCUCAAGCCAAUGUGGAGAAAACACCAAAAAAAUGCACCACUUACAGACCUCAGGAAAGGUGGUUACAUUCAAUGGAGGAACAAAUGCACCAGAGGAGUGCUGAAACCAAAACAAACCAAAAGCCUUCAUUAACUGCACUAGAUAUAGGAUUAGAGAUUGCUUGAUUUACUGACAGCACUAUGCAAGAAAAAAAAGGUCCUUGAUUACUUGUUUCAGGAUUUGUUGCACUUCUUGGAGGUUUCCUUGCAAUAUAAUGAAUAUACCUCUUCAGGUUUCAAUUUUACAGGGUAUAGACUAAUGCCAGGCAGCUAACAGAUAAUUAUCAUCAAAGCCUCUUAAAAACUUUCCUGGUUAACAAGACCUUUCACCGAAUUGCGUCUGAAAUAUUUCAAACCAAAGUGCAGAUUACCUGAAGAGAAUUUUGAAAUCGAAUAAAGUUGCGACUAAUCAAACACUGGCUUCAGCUUUCUUCAGACAUGUCACAGCACUGUGACACUGAAGUACACAAACCUAAAUAUGUAAUCACUCAUUCUUGUACAUUUUUCUGUACUCUCAAUUGUGUAAUCAUCUGUUGCAUGGGGACAUUUUAUAAAGGUUACUGUCUAUAUUUUUACAUGAAUCUCGCACAUAUCAGCACACAAUAAAUGUGUAUUUUCCAUGACCUAAUUGACAAGUAUAGCAAUGGUAUUUACACAUUAUAUAUAAGUAUAUCCCGCUUUAUGUCCUGGAUCACCUAUGAACAGUAUGUGAAAUGUCCACAUUAGAGAAAAUCACAAACCUCUUGAAAGACACUUAAGCAUUUCAGUGGUAUGAAUUAUAUAAAUUCUGACAAAGCAGGCCACGAUGAGCCAGUAUACUAACACUGAACAGGAUAUUCUAACCAGGCUCGGUUCCAGAAUAACAUCACUAAGGGUGCAUCUGAAUUGAGUGUGGGUGCAGUAGUGGGGGAAAUAGGAAGUGGGGGUUCACAGAAUAUCAGCCACACAUAACCCACUUAUAUUUAGAACAUGUCUUUGAAUCCUUGAAUCCAUUGCCACAGUUCCUCUGCAGACUCUCCAGAUAAAAAAACCUGACCACGAGUGGGAUUAUCAGAAAGGUCUAUUGCUCAACAUGUUUUUAUUUAAUGAAAUACAAAACAAUAUAUAUUUUAGGAAAAUGAAUGAAUUUCUACUGACACACUAAUGCAGAAAACAACAUUUAAGACCAAAUGUGUGUAUAUAGCGUACCUAAGACUUUUGCACUGUACUUUAUUUCAGCAACUUUAUUAUUUUUUUUUCAUCUUUUGUGGAAUUUUAUUUGAUCAUAUGAAAUCUAUGCAUAUGACAGAAUUAGAAUUAGAGCAGUUAUGCAAAUAAAAGUGGGCUACUAUUCCAAUAUUAUCAUAAGAAAUUACAGGAAGUGUUUGCAGUUAUUGCUGCUGAAGGUGGCGCAACCAGUUAAGAUUAACUGGGUGAUAUGGGUGUUUGAUAAUUCACGCAGUGCUGUAAAUGGUGUAUCAUAUUGCAGAUCAUUUUCAUUAUUUGAUGUGAAACUAGAAGAUCAGAACUACAAAAUGAGUUAUCACUUGUCACAAUUGGCCAAUCCUUUGUGUGUCUGACAGAAGUCGUUUGUGAAGUUUUUUGAGCACUUGUUAGUUUCUCACCUGGCACAUCAGCCACUGCUUUGGAGGGUUUGGAGAGAUUAAGGGCAGGAUAUAGGUCUGGGGGGUUCAACAAGCUGCAUAAUGUGGACAUGAGCUUUAGGAGGGACACACUUCGAAAUAAUAAUUAUAAACUUUAUUUAUAUAGCACCUUUAUAUGGUGCAUUUCAUAAAAUAUAGCUCAAAUUGCUUUAAAUUCACCUCUAAGAUCACAGCUUUCUGGUUUCUGCACCCAUAACGACCUAUCACAAAGAUUAUGAAAUUGUAUGUUACAUUCUUAUUUGUAAAGUAUUGUGUUUUUGUAGUUUAAAAAAUGUGUUUUGUGUUUACUCAGGGUCCCUUUGUAUAUUUUAGCUAAAUAUCUGAAAGCAUUCAGUAAGAAAUAUACAAUAAAUGAGGAAAUCAGAAA